AUGAGGCUCCUCAACACGCGAACGUUGGAAUUGACCAUCUUCAUUGGCAACGUUCCGGAAUAUGUCAUUCUUUCCCAUCGUUGGGAAGAAGACGAGCUCACGUUCGAACACAUCGUCAAAGACCCGAUAAGCAACCCGAAGAGCAGGGCUCGACAGAAGCAGAACUUCAAAAAGAUUCAAGGGACUUGCGCGCUUGCAGCUAGAGAUGGUUUCGAUUGGGUCUGGAUUGACAGCUGCUGCAUCAACAAAUCCAGCUCAGCGGAGCUUCAAGAGGCUAUCAAUUCUAUGUUCCGGUGGUAUCAAGAAGCUGAAAUCUGUUAUGCGUUUCUGAACGAUGUUCCAAACCAGGAGGCCGGAUGGGGCGAGCGAUUUCGACACAGCAAGUGGUUCACUCGAGGCUGGACAUUACAAGAGCUACUAGCACCAGCAACUGUGGAAUUCUAUGCCGCAGAUUGGUCCCCUAUUGGAACCAAAAUCUCACGGUACGAGGAGGUCUCAUAUAUUACGAGGAUCGCGCCAAUCGCGCUGAGCCACCAAUGGCACACAGUGUGGUACAAAUUUCUAGCGGCAGAAAAGAUGUCGUGGGCUGCCCACCGGAAGGUCAGUCGCGCUGAAGACGAGACAUAUUGCCUUCUCGGCCUUUUCGACGUCAACCUACCCCUUCUCUACGGCGAGGGGAGUGAGAAAGCCUUUCGUCGGUUGCAAGGAGAAAUUUACAAGAUGGAUGGCGACUGUUCGCUAUUUCUCUUC